UGUUACCGUCUCCGUGACGCGCCGGGUGUCCGGUUAUCUGGGUAUCCCGGCCUGUACCGUAGGGUUACGGUCUCCUAGGCGCGCCGGGUGUCCGAUUACCGCACUUCGAAGAGGCACUGCUGAGGCAGAAGCUUCAGCAGACGGCUGUGAAGCAACCUAAGCAGAAGAAACCCAAGCCGGCUGAAUUUCUGAUGGAGAGAGCAGCUGCAGGAGGCACCGGUGGUCCCACAGAGGGAGGAGAGGGUGGCCACCCCGGCCUGGGGGCCAGAGCAAGAGGAAAUGAAUUCACCCAAAAUGACUCAGGCUUGCCGAUGGCAGAGGGAACCAACCCAAGGCGGCCCAGGAUGGAGGUCGGCACGGAGGAUGAGCUUGAAUUAAAGCUAAUAACAGCAAAUGAAAGAGACUUCUUUCUGAAGAUGUCUGAGAUAUUGAAUGAAGACCAGACCACAACCACCAUAGAUGUACCAGGUGAGCUGCAGUCAGAGUCGGGGGGCCCCGCUGGUCGCCAGUGUGAGGCCUGGGAGCGGGAGGGGGCUCCCCGCUACGUGGAGCGGAUGGAGGAGUCCGUGCAGAAUGACAUGAUCACCGUGGGCAGCUAUGCAGAGCAGAAGGGAUUUAGUUUACUCAGAAUUCCCAGCCACCAGGAGAAGAUUCUACCAGAAAGGAUCCGUGCAGCUUUUCACCAAGCCGAGGGUCACAUGCUGACCACACUGCAGAGACGCAAAGGCGAGGUGGUCGCCGAGUACGGCCGGUUGACGGCAGAGCCGGCAGGGCGUGGCACAGAGCGGGGAUUCCACUGGCAGGUGGAGUGGAAGGAGACUCCGCAGCCUGUGGAGAUCCAGCUGCGCUGCCUUCGUGCAGUGAGGGACAAGCUGCCAGAGGGGCGGUAUGCUGUGAAGUCCGCAUUGCACAGCCGUCUGGGGGGGGCACCCUUGCGCUGGUCUCGCCUUCGUACACAUCCCUGGCCUGCAACCACACAGCCCGUGCUGCACCGGGGUCGUUUCCAUGAUACGGAGCUGCAGCUGGACCAAAGGAUAUUCGGUGUCCUGCCUUCUGCUGCUACUGUCCUGCCCUCCAUGAUCCUGCAGUUCGAACUGCUGUCUCUUUCUGGAGAGCAGGGCCACGCGGGCACCGUGCUGGCCUGGGGUGCCUUCCCCGUCUGUGACUGCAGCUUUGACACCAUCCAGGGAAAAUUCAGAAUGCCGCUCCUGCGAGGAUGCCCGUCCCCAAGCCUUGACCAGUACCGUAAGAUCGAGGCUGUCAUGUCGGCGGACCUGGAUGGCUGGCUGUGUAACCUCUACUUCCAGGUGAAGAAGCUGCCCCGGGGCAGCUCUGCGGAGGGCCUUUCCGUCAGCCUGCCUAUCCCAGGGGGCGACCAGGAAUCAGGGCAUGAGGAGCCCCCUGUCAGUCCAUCGGCACCCUCUGUGUGUUCCUCAGCGUCGCUGCAGGGAGAGGCUUCCAGUGCGAUCCCCCGGCAUGCAGAGAAUGCAAGUGACUCCUCAGUGCUGAAAGGAGGUGCUGGAACACGCUACAAGUUUCCCCAGGUAUACUGUAGAAAAAGCAGGCACUGUUUGGCUUGCGCGUCCCAUGAUCUUGGACAUGAAGCACUUGACGUCCCCUUCACCGAGCAGAAUCCUGAGGCUGGUGCAAUCCAUGUAAGCGAACAGGGAGAGGGGCCAGGCCUGUGUGCUGAUGCUCUGGAUGAGUACACCUUCUCCCUACAUGCACGGCGCUCCUGCAGCGGCCGGCCCGGCCCGCGGCUGGCCCUGCGCAUGCUGCUGUCAGAGCUGGGCCUGUCGCGGUGGCGCUGCGCUGAUCUGCUGCUUGUUAUCCCGCCACUGGCUUUGAUCAGCUUUGCCCGGCUCUACCUGCACUACUGCAGCCAAUGGCUCUUCCUCCAGGCCAUCGCCGUUCCUGUCAGCACAUUCCGGUUUCAUCUUUACACUGUGGACCUUGUCUACCAGAAUUCCCUGCUGCGUACCCAUGAGGAGUUGGUGAUGGUCGUGGUUGGACCCCUGACCUUGAAUGCAGCCACGUUACUCCUGGUUUUGAUCAGAUGGGGCUGUCAGCUGAUAUUUGGCUCAUCACCUCCCUUCUUGUCAAACUUUAUCAUGGCUCUGGGAGUCUGGACAGUGCUCGACCCUCUAGCGGUCUUUGCAGUGGAUGCAGUCCUCGGGCGCCUGGUCUACAGCUCGGGGCGACCCCUUGCAGAUGCUGCCAAACUGGCCUGGCACUUCCACCGGACGCAGCAGUCGCACACCGCUGGGGUCCUCAUCACCCUGUUCCUCUAUGCCGUGCUCCUGGUCUGCUCCAUCACCAUUCUCUACAUCUACUUCCUGAGACUCCACAAUGACGGUCGGCUCAUGGACGUCUUCCAUCGUCUGCACAGCCAGGAAGGCUCCUUCUUCGUUCCGCAGGAUCUGGAGGUGACCAAUCAGGAGCUGAGCUACAUUGUGAAGAAGGCAGAGCAGUGGAGGGGCUUUAAUGGAGAACGGAGGAAGGUGGCAGUGUACGAUUACGUGUGGACAGACGACCCCUCCAGCACUGACCCGGUGGGGGGUAAUGUGCUGGUGGGAGGUGAAACCAGCACCCACGUGUCCAUCUACACAUUACACCUGAGCAGCUUCCGAGAGCUGUACCGACAGUUUCUCCGGCAGCCGGAUGGGGCCAUCAUGGAGGUGCUUUCUGACUCGGGCUGCCUGGAGCCGCGAAAUGGUAUGGUCAUCUGUCCCAAACAGAGUCCGGCAGGGCGAGGCGAGCCACACGCCCCCUGUCCCGUCAGGGAGAGGAGAAAGAAAAAGGCAGCAUGGAGAUCUCACAGAGUUGAACCAGCAGAGGGAAGCUCCACUGCUGCUCUGAGACCAUAACUGCUCAGAGAGUUCAGGACCCUGGGAUCGACUGACACAGCUCCACUUGCAGUACUGAACAGCAAAGUGGCCCGUGAACCAGCGACUUCAUUGGGCCAAUUUAAUUAGUGGGAUCGCAAAGCCUUUCAGUCAUGUGAUCACACACGAUGGCAGUGAUUCACAACUGCUGCCAUGCGGGCUGAAAAAUAUCAGAUCCAUAAGCUACUGAUCAAGACACACAAAACUAUUACAUUUUAGAAGGAAUCGCUCACUGGAUAUUAUGCAGGGAUUCAUCACGUUAAAGAAUGAUAGUGGAUUUAUCAGAACGAAGAAGGGUGUGGUGUAAACCAUUAAAAGAAAUACUGUACAGGCAAGAAGCAUAAAUAUGGUGAAUGGGAAGGUCAUUUAUCAGCCAAUAAACAAUGCAAAUGAGUGAUUGCCUUAUAAAACGAAUGAGGGUCGUUAGGGCUUCAUUGCGGCUCCAGCGGGAUGAAAAGUGAAGAUUCUAAAAGUCACUAAUCACAGGGCAGUGAUAAAAAUCAAUAGUGGCUCACAUUAAGCCGGAUAACAUUCCGGCUGCCUUCAUUUGCACUGUAUGUGCGCCUGGUGACUCGGCCGCGGCGUAAUGAACUCGCCCACAAAUCACGUCUUAAUGGGAGCCUACUUACAUAUAUUGCUUAAUUAAAGGUUGUGGGCUUAUUAACAUGUGUCUUUGGCGUCAAGGGCCGGCUCUGUGAUCCCUGCAGCCAAGACCCGGCUGUAAAGCUUUUAUUCGGCCCCAUCAUGCUCAGUUCACAGUGUAAGCCCUAAGCUUAAUAUACCGUCGUUUGCGCUGAUGAUGAUUUUAUGAGUGCUCAUUACAGCCAAAUUUGUUGAGUCGGAACUGUUUUGGUGCUUAAUGUUUGAGACUUUUUCAACUUUUCUCAUUUCUCAUUUUCUAUUUUAUCUUUUGCAGUGAUGGCCGUGGAGAGAGGUAUCUCCAGACCAAUAUCGGUACAUUCAUGGUCCAGAAAGCACAAGUGCUACAUACGGGCAGUUUAUUAACAGAACAAGAGUAAAACUGUAUAUAAUCAGGAUAAGAACUGGAUAUGGAUGAUCUGUUAAUAGAACUAGAGAGCUGACAAAAUAAAUCAACGCAAAUACAAAGCAAGACAUGUCGAUUAAUGUGGUGACCACCUGCACAAUUUUUGCAGUGAUUUCUGAUGCUUUGCUUGCUUGCCGAAUGCUGUUUAUCUGUAGUAUCUCUUUUAAUAGAGAAUUGUUCCCAAAUCCUGGGGAUUUUAUAACACUUAACAUGCAGAUAAGUGACAGCGAUAAGAUUUACUAAUAAAUAAAUGGAGAAUCUCA